GGAGGGGGAGGAGGAGAGGAAACAAAAACAAUCGUCCGGGUGCCGCCAUCUUGGGUCCGUUCUCCACGCCACGCAAGUGAAUGGGUAGAUAUGAAAUUACCACAGGGGAGCAGCAACAGCAGCAGGGUACGGAAGGCUGUGCCGAGCUGCCAGCUGGACUCGGGAGACUCUAGAAACGGCUCUUGCCGCCGCCGUCACCCAGAGAAAAUCCCCGGGCUCGGCCUUUUCUCCUCGCCAACCCCUAAACUGCACUCCUGGAGGGACAAAGUUGGUCUCAGCCGCGCUGCCUCCGCCGUCCGGGAGACGAGAGAGUUGCGUUCGGCUGUGGCUUCCUCGGAAUUGGGAGUGAGCCGGGGUCAGAGUUAGGGGACAGAGUGACGAGGGGACUCCUUCCCCCGCCGCCCUCUGGCCCGGGCUCGCCGUGUGGGAGGCACGAGGAGGAGGCAGCAGGCGCCCCGCAGGCGUUUCCUUCCCACCCCUGCUAUUUCUUAUUCCUUUCUCCUAAAAGGAAAAAAAGGAAAAAGCAAGGACUGGAUUGAGUUGCAAGGACGGCCGGGACCGUCGCUGGUCUCCGUGCGGGCGGGCGUGCGGCGAGGAACCGAUGUGUCCGUGAGGAGUUCAGAGAGGAGGCGAGUCCCAGCCCUGCUUCCCGGGAGGAGGAAACCCGCCGCCCGCCAGGCCAGCACAGAGCUGCCCGCUGCAUCCUUCCUUCUGGUGCCCGCAGUCUUACUCGCCGCCUUCUCGCUUCCAAAGAAGCUGAAUUCUCCUGGAAACACGGCAAGGAAGGAAGGAAGGAUUUGCCACAAAGAAUAUACCAUCCUUCUCCCCAGCGGCUGGAUACUGCAUUUUAAUUGUUUUUUUUUUUUUUUUUUUCUUCUCCAGUCGCUCUUCUGUGUUUAAAUACCAAAUAUAGCCUCGUGGGGGGGGGUGGGGGGGUUGGGGGUGGGGGGGGAGGGGAUGGAAAUCUCUUAGAAGAAUCUGAAAUCUUGCUGGGAUUCGGGAGUGCUGCUGUUGCACGGCCCAGGAGAUAGGACCGCGGUGACGGGGGAGAGAAGAGAUGUGCGGCUCUGACUGACUAGCGAAGGACUGGAGAUCUGCCUCUUCUCGGGAAGCCCGAAGGUUGGUUCGUUAUGAGACUGCUGGUUUUCCUUUUCUUCUCUUUUUGUUUACGCUAAAUCCCUCAGCAUUAUUAAGGAAAACCAAAGUGUUGCCCAGGUGUAGCUGGUGGCUCUCUGGUUUUAAAGGUAGUUUUCAUCAAGAAACUGACAAAAACUCUUCCCUUCACCCGGAGGCUUUUGAGGUUUGAAACUGAGAUGAAGCUACUCUUCUCCCAAACACUACGCGUUGUAUAAGGGGAGCCAGGACGAAAACGUCGUGUUUACUGACUUCGAUACGACUUCCCGACACUUGGCACCCACGAGGGAUGCUUCACGGAGCUUAACUGUUGAUAUUUUUUCUUUUUUUUUAAGUUGUUUCGUAAAAUACUUUUAUGAAUUUUUUUGCCACUGUUCGUACAGAAGCCAAACGACACGUGUGUUUUGAAACACAGUUCCAAAUAUAUCCAUCCCUCAAGCCGGAUUCUAGCCAGAAAGAAACGGAGGGAAAUCAUCAGUGUCUAAACAAAUCUGAUUUUACCGUUUUAUGAACAUUAUCUGCUGUUAUAGCAAUAUUAUGUUGCUACAGAUUGCUUUAUAACGGUUCAGCAAGAAGGGUGAUCUCCCCACCUUGCAGGACCCAGGAAGCUGGAUACUUAGUGUCACUUAAAUGUUUUAACAGCUUUGGAAAAUGGGAGCUGCUACUAAGUUGGCGUUCGCUGUUUUUCUUAUCUCUUGUUCUUCAGGUGCCAUACUUGGCAGAUCAGAAACACAAGAGUGUAUCUACUACAAUGCUAAUUGGGAAAAAGAUAAGACAAAUCGCAGUGGUAUUGAACCUUGUUAUGGUGAUAAAGAUAAAAGACGACACUGUUUUGCUACAUGGAAGAAUAUUUCUGGAUCAAUUGAAAUUGUGAAGCAGGGUUGCUGGCUAGAUGACAUCAAUUGUUAUGAUAGGAAUGAUUGCAUAGAGAAGAAAGACAGCCCUGAAGUGUUUUUCUGUUGUUGUGAAGGCAACAUGUGUAAUGAACGCUUUUUCUAUUUUCCAGAAAUGGAGGUCACACAACCAACUUCCAAUCCUGUUACACCUAAGCCACCUCUGUUCAAUACCUUGCUUUAUUCAUUGGUGCCUAUAAUGGGAAUUGCAGUGAUUGUGCUCUUUUCAUUUUGGAUGUAUAGACAUCACAAGCUGGCAUAUCCUCCAGUACUCGUUCCAACCCAACACGCCUUUCAUAUAAUGAUUGAGGAUCCUGGACCACCACCACCUUCACCAUUGAUGGGUUUGAAGCCAUUGCAGUUACUAGAGAUCAAAGCUAGGGGAAGAUUUGGUUGCGUAUGGAAAGCUCAACUACUAAACGAGUAUGUUGCAGUCAAAAUAUUCCCUAUUCAGGACAAACAGUCAUGGCAGAACGAAUAUGAAAUUUACAGUUUACCUGGGAUGAAACAUGACAAUAUUUUGCAGUUCAUUGGCGCAGAGAAGCGAGGCACUAGCAUUGAUGUUGAUCUCUGGUUAAUUACAGCAUUUCAUGAGAAGGGUUCAUUAACAGACUUUCUCAAGGCUAAUGUGGUUUCUUGGAAUGAGCUCUGUCACAUAGCUCAGACUAUGGCUAGAGGCUUGGCUUAUCUUCAUGAGGAUAUACCAGGGCUAAAAGAUGGACAUAAGCCUGCCAUCUCACAUAGGGACAUCAAAAGCAAGAAUGUGCUGCUGAAAAAUAAUCUUACAGCUUGUAUUGCUGAUUUCGGUCUAGCUUUAAAGUUUGAGGCUGGAAAAUCUGCAGGGGAUACACAUGGACAGGUUGGUACACGAAGGUAUAUGGCUCCUGAGGUACUCGAAGGGGCUAUAAACUUCCAAAGGGAUGCGUUUUUGAGAAUAGAUAUGUAUGCCAUGGGAUUAGUCCUCUGGGAAUUGGCAUCACGCUGUACCGCCUCAGAUGGCCCAGUAGAUGAGUACAUGUUGCCAUUUGAGGAAGAAAUUGGCCAGCAUCCCUCCCUCGAAGACAUGCAGGAAGUUGUAGUUCAUAAAAAGAAGAGACCUGUUUUAAGAGAAUGCUGGCAAAAACAUGCUGGAAUGGCAAUGCUUUGUGAAACCAUAGAGGAAUGCUGGGAUCAUGAUGCGGAAGCCAGGUUGUCAGCAGGCUGCGUAGAAGAACGUAUUAUUCAGAUGCAAAAAUUAACUAACAUUAUAACAACAGAGGAUAUUGUGACUGUGGUCACAAUGGUGACAAAUGUUGACUUUCCUCCCAAAGAAUCCAGUCUAUGAUAGAUAGUUGCACUGGUCACGGAACUGACCACCGGACUCUUCACUGGAGCUGCUAAAGCUAAGGGGACUGCUCACGUCAUUACUGUUUGCUGCGUGAGAAGAAUGGUAAGUCUCUCUGGAACAGCAUUAAGAGGUGUUUUUCCUUUAUUUUUCCCUUCCUCCUCCCAAACACGGAUCCCUGAGACUUUCUGCAUUCCCUGUGUACACCUGAAGGACACGUGACUGAGAAACGGUGACAUGCAGUUAAGGAACUUACAUGAAGAAUACAGACCUGUUCUGGCUAAUCAAGCAUUUUAAAAACUGACGCCCAAUUUCUUAAUACCUGUCAGAAGAGACUAAUUCCUUAAAUGAACUACUGUUAUUUUUUUUAAAUCAAACAUUUCAUUUCAGAUUUAAAAAAAAAAGGGUAACUUGUUUUUAUUGCAUUUGCCGUUGUUUAUAAAAAUGACUAUUGUAAUGCGACUAUGACACAGCUUGUGAAUGUUUAGUGUGCUGCUGUUCUGUGUACAUAAACAAAAGUAAUCAAGUGGGUUAUAGCAAAGAGGCUUCCAAGUAUUACUUAACCUCCCUCAACAAGGUAUACCUCAGUUCCACCUCUGCUAAAUUAUGAGAUUGACAACACUAACAAAAUUUGAAUAAAUCGAUCCGUGUUUUGUAAAUGA